GUUUCGGCCAUUGUUGCGAGGUAUAGGGUUUUUGAAACCCCAAAUCUUUCUCUCUUACCCUCUCUAAUCCGAAACAUCACACAUAUUUUAUCUCAUCAUUUCAGAAAGCUGAAUCUUGGUGGGACAUUGAGAUUACAUCUCCACACUCCCAUUUUGUGCUAAAAAAUCCGAACCAACCUCCAAACCCAAAACCUAGAUCUAAUUUUUGUGUGAAAGAUGAGUUCAAGUCCAAACAUGGUUCCUAUAGUUGUUUACUACAAUGGGAGGCAUUUUGAAGGUCCGAACGGUGUCCGAUUUGAAGGAAAAACAAAAACGAUGAAAAUCAAAGUGGGCACUACAUGCAAUGAACUGAAGGAGAGAAUUCUUCAAAAAAUGGGGUCAGAAGGCAUACAUUCCAUCCACCGCAUGAUAGCCAGGUUAGAGACUGUAGUGGAUAUGGAUACAAUAUACUACAUUGGAAACGAUAUAAAUGAUGAUGAAGAUGUGGAGUUCGUAACAGAUGCGUUUGUUGAAUGGAAAGUAUUAAAAUAUAUUGAGAUAUAUGUUGAAGUUGAUGUUGGACAAUCUUCAUCUUUACCGGUGCAUACAACCACUACUGCACACUGUACCGGUCAAGAAGAUACAGUUGUACGAUCUUCUGCACCUCCUCAGGUAGCAUGGGAUGAGGAUGAAGAGGAUGAAGACGAGGACUAUGUGGACAGCGAAGAUGAGGGAGAACCUGAAAGUGCUAUUCCAGAAGGUGAUUCGUCAGACACUGACGUGGACGGUAAUUUUGAGGCUGACAUGAGCGCCGUAAGUCUCGGUACCCCAGCCUUGUCACCACUUCAUGUCGACCCAGUCAGUAGUGAUGCAGGGUCUGAGGAGCCAUUCUGGAAUGAAAGCCAACAUUAUUCAUUCAUUAACUGGGCGCACCCUAAUGACGAGUUGGAGAUCCUAUAUGGCGAUGAUGACUUGCACGGAGGUUGGAAGUUAGGAGAUCCGUUAUUUGUGCAACAAGAAUUUGGGUCCAAACCAGAAUUGCAACAUGCUGUGAAGAUACAUUGUAUGAAGGGGCGCAGGACAGCCAUAGUUGAAAAAAGCGACGAGUCAAGAUUUGUUAUGAAGUGUAAAAACCAUGGUGACGGUUGUCCCUGGUAUAUGAGGGCAAUUAAGCCGAAGAAGGGAGCUAACUGGGUGGUCCGUAAAUGGGGUCAAGGUCACACAUGCCUAAAUCAAGGCCUAGCACAGGAUCAUAGACAGUUGGAUUCAAAUGUCAUUUGUGCGGCUAUAAUGAAUAUGUUAAAGGAAGAUCCAUCCACAAGACCAGCUCUGAUACAAGAGAGGAUACAGGGAACAUAUGGAUACAACAUAACGUACAGGAAGGCCUGGAAGGCAAAAAUGAAGGCCAUCGUUAAGUUGUUUGGUGACUGGGAGAAAUCGUACGCAUUCUUGCCAAAUUGGCUGAAGUAUAUGACGGAGGUGAAUGUGGGUUCUGUGUUCAAACUUGAUACAAAUCAAUGUUUUGAUGAACGUCGGGUUUAUACAGACAGGGCCGUAUUUCAAAGGGUUUUUUGGACAUUUCACCAAUGCAUUGAAGCAUUCAAACACUGCAAGCCUAUAAUUCAAAUUGACGGCACUCAUCUGUAUGGGAAGUACAAAGGUACUCUAUUGAUUGCAACAUCUCAGGAUGGAGAUGGAUUUCUGCUCCCUAUUGCCUUUGCUGUUGUUCCUCCAGGUGAGAGGUUGGAUGAUUGGUCCUGGUUUCUUAGCCUUUUACGUUUUCAUGUCACACAUAGGCAUGGUAUUUGUCUAAUAUCCGAUCGUCAUCGAAGCAUCAUAAGGGCGGUGAAAGACCACGGAGGGUGGCAGCCUCCAUAUGCUUAUCAUGUAUUUUGUCUACGUCACAUCGGAAGCAACUUCAAUACCCGUUUUAGGAAUGUGGAAUUGAAGAAAACGUUGAUGAAAUUAGGGUACACAUGUUCAAAGAUAAAUUUCGACAUUAGGUACAAGGAAUUUAUCGAGAACAAUCCUGAAGUUGCUUCAUGGUUGGAUGCGAUUCCGAAAGAGCAAUGGUGCAGGUCGUAUGAUGAGUAUGGACGUAGGUUUGGUCAUAUGACAACUAACCUAUCUGAGUGUGUGAAUAAGGUGCUUCGUGGAGCACGAAAUCUGCCUAUAUCUGCAUUGGUCAAGAUGACAUUCAGUAGACUCGUUGAGUAUUUCGUCAAGAGACGUGAAGGGAUUGAAAAAGAUAUCUCACAAGGUUAUGCCUGAAAUCGCUCAAGAUGACACUCCUCCAGCAGCUCUACUCGGGUACCCCUUUUGUGGGUUUUCGAAAUGGGGCUGCUGGGGUAUUUUAAAACCCUACCGUCGAUGUUUACCCGGGUACACUGCUCCGUACCCGGGUAAAUAAUUCAAACAUUUUCCCAGAUUCAAGAACUCUACCCGGGUACACCCCUACAUACUCGGGUAGAUAAAAAGUUUCAAAAUUUACCCGGGUAGGUAAUGGUGUACCCGGGUAGGCUUCGUGGUCAACGGUCAAACAAGGGCAGAUUGGUGUUAUGUUUGUUGGGAAGGGUAAAUUUUCGAAAUAGUUUUGAAUGAGGGGCAAUUUGGUAAUUAAUUAUUAAUUAAGGGGCAUAAGGGUCAAAAAGCCCCCGAAUUCUCGUUACAUCGUCACUAUCAUUUAUCCGUUUUUCUCAAUUAGGAAUCCCGGCUCAGAUCGCAUAAUAACCUUGCGUAGCACCAAAUCGUAGGCAACUCACUUAUUUAUCAUUUCCAUC